CUCUUGACAGCUUCUCAUGGAUCAGUACCUCUCGCGCAAAAGGACUCGGAGUCCGCCCGUUCCGGCCUGCGCGGACGAUGACUCCACCGACAUGAAGCUCACGCGCUUGGUGUCCCUCUUUCCGGACAUGGCACUGGAUGCAUUGAUGGAGAUUCUACUCUCCAGCGGCGGCUGUGUAGAGACGGCCACCACCACAAUCCAAGCCCAACCAGACGUAACAAAGAAGCGUAUAGCGCCGCUCAGUGCAGCAGCGACCGCCAUCCAGACCUCCCUGGACGCUCACAUGCGGCAAAUCCACACCGACCACUCCGACAAAACCCCAAAACGACCACUGACCCGAAGGGGCAAGACACUGCACCUGUACUCCCCCGAGGACAUUGCCGCGCACACCCCCUGCUCCAUCAUCCACAACUUCCUGCCAGCGGAGCAGGCCAACGCGCUGCUGCUCGAGCUCCUCGAUGAGUCGAAGCACUUCUCACGUUACCGGUUCCAGCUCUUCGACCGCACCGUCCAGAGCCCCCACUCCGCUAGCAUCUACGUCGCCACCCCGGAGCAGCACCGCCAGCACACCUCCGAGUACACCUACGGCGGCUCCUACCGGUCCACCGUACGACAGAUCACCCCGCACCUGCGCGCCGUCUCCGGGGCGGUGCAGCGCGCCGUCAACGCAGAGAUCCAGCGCCGCAUUCGCACCGUCUACCCAGAAGGCCAGAAAUUGAAGUACCAGUCCCCGAGAGAGUGGGUGCCCAACGCGGCCUUUGUGAACUGCUACGACGGGCCCACCGAGGCCGUCGGAUUCCACUCGGACGAACUGACCUAUCUGGGCCCGCGGGCCGUCAUCGGAAGUCUGAGUCUCGGCGUCGAGCGCGAGUUCCGCGUUCGGAGGAUCGUCCCCACGGACGACGAUGGCGAGGUGGAAGAAGAGAACCCCCAAGUUUUGCCGGAAGAUAUUUCCGAAGGAGUAGUAGCCGUAACACCAAUGGCGGACAAGGCUUCCGCCUCAGACUCUUUGAAUAAACAACACAGGCCCAAUAAGCGUCACAAGCCAUCGACAUCCUCGUUGUCGGCUCGGGCAGAUGCCCAGGGCCAAAUCUCGAUUCAUCUUCUGCACAACUCCCUACUGGUGAUGCACGCCGAGAUGCAGGAAGAAUGGAAGCACGCCAUCGUGCCGGCGCAGACGAUCUCGCCGCAUCCGCUGGCGGGUCGCCGACGCAUCAACGUCACGUAUCGAUGGUAUCGGGACUCGCUGCACCCCCGUCACACCCCCCGGUGCCUGUGCGGGGCCCACACGAUCCUGCGGUGUGUGCAGCGCAAGCGCGAGACCCGGGGCCGGUAUAUGUGGAUGUGCUAUGCGGGGUAUGCGCCGGGCAAGAAAGGGUGUAGCUUCUUUCAGUGGGCGGACUUUGAUGAUGACGGGGAGCCGCUCUGGGAACGGACGACGGUAGACGACGACGAUGCUCCGUGGUUGGAGAAUUUUGCGGACGGAGAGGGACAGCUUGCGCAUGGGGCACAGCCAGGCAACGAAGAAGAGCGUAGUAUAUGAAUGUACCUAGUCCCUCAUACACCUUGUACAGUAUCUUGGGAGGUCGCGCUUCCUUCUUAGACACACCAUUUUCGG